GUUCAGAAGCUUCGCGGCAAUCGCGUUAAACGGUGCAGACGGAGAACAAUUGAAACAAAAAUGGUUCUGAUUACUCUGGCCCUGACCCUGGCGGUCGUGGGGCUCAUCUAUUUACUUUUGACAUGGAACUUUGACUACUGGAGGCGACGAAGGGUUCCGGGACCGAAGCCCAAAAUACUUGUAGGAAACUAUCCCAACAUGUUUUCGAUGAAACGACACCUUAUAUACGAUCUGCAAGACAUCUAUAAAAAAUACAAAAAUAAAUACGACGCAGUGGGCGUAUACGGAGGCCGACUACCUCAGUUACUGGUUAUUAAUCCAGAGUUGGCCCACCGUGUUUUUGUCUCCGAUUUCAAGCAUUUCCAUGACAAUGAGGUGGCCAAGUUUAUAGACGAAAAAACCGACUUUAUUUUCGCCAACAAUCCGUUCUCACUGACCGGCGAGCAAUGGAAGGAAAGACGUGCGGAAAUAACUCCCGGCCUAACCAUGGGAAGGAUAAAAACUGUAUAUCCAGUGACGAAUAUUGUUUGCAAACAACUGAGUGAGUGGGUGACAAAGCAAGUGCGACUUGGAGCUUCGAAAAGUGGUGGAAUUGAUGCCAAGGAUAUGAGUCUACGCUUCACCUCCGAAAUGGUCACCGACUGUGUUUUGGGCUUGAAAGCCAAUAGUUUCUCGGAGAAGCCGACUCCUAUAAUGUCGCAUAUCAAGGACCUCUUUAAUCAGCCAUGGACCUUUAUGAUUUUCUUUAUCCUGACCAGCACUUUUCCUCUACUGAGUCGCUUGAUUAAAUUGCGAUUCGUGCCAAUAAAGGUGGAGGAGUUCUUCGUCGGUCUGAUGUCGACGGCUAUUGAGGCUCGCAAGGCACAGCUAGCCGGUGGAAAGAAAUUUGAGCGAACGGACUUCCUCGACUUUAUCCUCCAGCUGGCCGAUAAGAAGGAUCUGACUACCCGCCAACUCCUGGCUCGCACGAUGACUUUCCUGCUGGAUGGAUUCGAGACUACGGCAGGAGUGCUAGCCCAUAUGUUGCUGUUCCUGGGCCGCAAUCCCAAGGUACAGCAGCGCUUGAGGGAGGAGAUUCUACCUCGUCUGCGAGACGGCAUCAUUCCCUUCGAAGAACUCAACGAUUUGCCGUAUUUGGAUGCUUGCCUGAACGAAACUCUCCGGCUCUUCCCACCCGCCUUCAUGUCAAACAAGUUGUGCACUGAAACCAUUGAGUUGCCCAACAAGGAUGGUCCCAACUUUGUGGUCGAAAAGGGCACCACAGUGAUUGUUCCGCACUAUUGCUUCAUGCAGGACGAGGAGUUCUUUACCGACUCGCAGGCUUUCCAGCCUGAACGAUUUUUGGAACUCGAUGCCGCCAAAAAGUACAAAGACAGGGGCGUUUUUAUGGGAUUCGGCGAUGGUCCUCGAAUUUGCAUUGGUAUGCGUUUUGCCACGGCCCAGAUCAAGGCUGCCAUAGUGGAGCUCCUCACCAAUUUCAACGUCCGGAUCAAUCCCAAGACCCGCAAUGACAACGAUCUUGAGGCUACUGCCAUCCUGGCUAGCCUGCGAGGAGGAAUUUGGUUGGAUUUGGAAUCGCGUCAGUAAAAUAUUCUAAGUUUUUAGUGUAACU